CCUGAGACUACGAGGGAGCCGAUGGCACCGAGCGCGGCAGCAGAGCCGAGCCCCGGGGGGGCCCCGCUGCGGCUCCUCCUGGUGGGGAAGCGGGGCGCGGGGAAGAGCGCCACCGGGAACACCAUCCUGGGCAGAGCCGCGUUCGAGUCCCGGUUCAGCGAUCGGUUCGGGGGCCUUAACCUUUGCUCCAUUUCUACGCUCAACAGUCCAAGUGAUCUUUGCACGACUGUGGGAAUAAAGCUACAAGUCAAGGAGCUACGCCAUGUGAUCCCGGAGAUCCCGGAGAUCCCGGACCACCAGGUCCUCCUCAUGGGGAGUCAGGGUGUCGGCAAAAGCACAACCGGGAACAGCAUCCUGGGCCGGCAAGCGUUUGAGACCGGAUUCAGCGGGCAGGCGGUGACCCGGCAGUGUAAGUCUGAGAGCAUGACCUGGAGAAGGAAGAAAGUUCUGGUCGUCGAUGCUCCAGAGCUCUCCUCUCUGACGUCGGCUGCGUCUCAGCUCAGGGAAAACAUGACCGCCGGCCCGCGCGCCUUCCUGCUGGUGAUCCCGCUGGGUCCUUUCCACCCGAGGGAUGCGGAGGUGUUCCGAGCCAUCCAAGAGCAGUUUGGAGACAAAUACACGAAGCACACGAUCAUUCUCUUUACUAGGAGGGAGGAUUUACAGGGCGAGGACCCGGAGGCAUCCUUAAGCAGGAAUGGACCUCUGCGGGGACUCAUCGAGCAAUGCGGACACAGAUACAGCAUCUUUGACGACCGGGCAGCGCCCGAGGCCAGGCGGAGCCAGGUAGAGCAGCUCCUGCUCCACGUCUUCAGAGAGAAAGAACCCCUGAGCCUGGUCCUCGUAGGGAGGAGCGGGCCCGGGAAGAGCGCCCCCGGGAACACCAUCCUGGGGAAAGCCGUCUUCCCCUCGCAGCUCCGCGCCCAGCCGGUCACCCGGGCGUGCCAGCAGGGCAGGAUGGUGGUUGUGGACACGCCGCUGUUCAGCCAGGUGCCCGGCGCGGAGAAGGAUCCGUCCUGGCUAGAGACGGAGGCGGAGCGCUGCUGGGCCCUCUGUGGAGAGGGAGCGAAGCCGAUCGUGCUGGUGUUGGAGCCGGGGCGGUUCACCCGGGCGGACGAGGCCGCGGUGGCGCGGCUGGAGGCCGCCUUCGGGAGCCGCGUCCUGCAGUACACCGUCCUGCCCUUCACUCGGAGGGAGGACCUGGGGGGGAGCGAGGCAUUUCAAGAUUACAUCCACAAAACGAGCCGCAAAGGCCUCGGGCAAUUAGUGAGGAGGCCGGGGCGAGUCUGCGCCUUUAAUAACAGAGACGCCGGCCAGUCCGGGGACACGCAGGCCAAAGAGCUUUCGGCGAUGGCCAAUGACCUGAAAAAGACGCACGAGCGAGGGUACCCCUGUCCCUGGGGGGAGGUCAGGAAGCACAUUAGAGAUGCCCAGGGCCGCAGCGGCUUUCUUAGUCACUCGAUAGGGGGGUAG